AUGGGGUCUGGCGAAGAUUGUCCUGUUCUUUCGAGCGGACCUGCCCGCAAGAGGCCUCGGCCGCUGGAGGAAGCAGUGGAGACUGGUGACGGAGUGGCUCUCAAGUUUUCCGAUUCGUUUGCGUCGGACAACCAGAACUUGGUCUUGUUACAGGUGCCGGAGUCGCUGCUGAACGAAAUCGGGGAGGACGCGGACAAAGGCCUGGUUAAGCUCAUCGGCGGAGAGGACGAAGACGCCGUCCUCGUCACCGGGGGGCAGACCUUCAAGCUCACAAAGGCGGAGACCUCCAACACGCUCUUGCUCGUGCCUCCCGAGGCCGCCACGGCCAACACCGGCGUUGUCGGCGGCAACGGCGCGAGCGAGAGUAGCGGCGGCUGCACAGGGAAAGACGACGGGGGGGGCGGGGCAAAGGGGGAAGGAGGUUUUGAGGCCGUCGCUGCGGUGGGCUUCCAGUUCGAGUUGUCUAAGAAGACCCCCUCACUGGAGCAGAUCCGGGUGAUCUUGGAAGCGUGCUUGUACAGGGGUAAUGUGGAGGAGGCGGCCACGGACCGGGGACGGCUUGAGGCGUUAACCCUCGCAGAGCUGCAGACGAGAGUCCAGUUUAGCCGCCGGGAGCUGUUGCAGGGUCUCAAGGAGCUGGAUGCCGUAGAAAUCGAUGGGCGGUGGCGAAUGGUGGACCCGGCCCUGAUGGAGCGCACCGCGGACGCGCUUCUGGCGGCAGUGGUGGAGGAAGACAUACCGCUCGACAAGGUCGACAGCAAGGCUUGCAUAGCCGCCCUGCCGGACUGCGAGUCCCUGGUGCUGGAGCACUGCCUACGUACGUAUUCCCUGCCCUCCGACAACGUUGAAGAGCAAAACGGAGCUCCCAGCGAGACGGCUCCCGCUGCUGCCGACAGCGUCGCCGACCAGACAGUUGCUCCUGCGUACUUCCGGCUGGAUCUAGCCAAGGUGGCGCGCCUUCGAGCUCACCAGAUCAUGCGCGCGCACGAGGCGGAGAUAAACGGCGGCGGCGGUGGCGGCAGCAGCAGCAGCAGCCUUCACGGCAGCGGCGGACCGAUUUCACUGGGGGAGUUCAUGGACCGGUGGGCGGCUAGCAUGCCCGGGGUGGACACGCCUUCCCAAGAUUUACUCAAGGGCAUCGCUCUGGUGGAGACGAGAGACGCCAAGAGCGAGGACAAGAACGCCUCGCUGGUGUCUUACGUCCCGGCAUCCGGCCUGCCCUUCUCCCCGGCCGAGCGGCUGGCUGCGCUGUUCCGGAUCAAGCCCAAGUGGCCCAUGGCAGAGCUCGAGCCCUACAUAUCGGAGGCUGACAGGAAAGCCGGGUUCCUCCUCAAGAAUACGCGUGCUAGCACCGAUCCGGGUACCGGCCAGAAGCUGUUCAGCGCAAGAUAG